AUGCUGCAGCUGUUGACGUUCCUGGUGGAGAAGCUCUCUCUUCUCUCCAAGUUCAAACUUUUCGAGUCCAGCUGGUCGGACCGGGGGGACCAGGACCGGGAGCGCCAUGCGCAACGCGGUCCCCAGCCGCCCGUCCGAAGAGGAGACCUGCUGGAGGUCCCCAGAACCCUUUUCACCCACUACGGCAUUUAUUUAGGUGACAAUAAAGUCGCUCACCUGAUCCCCGACAUCCUCCCCGUGCUGACGAACGACAAGAAGCUCAUCAGCUCCGUCAUCACGAACAAGAGGCUCAUCCUCGGCUGCAUGUACAAGUGUGCCACGGUGCGCGUGGACUCACUGGAGGACUUUGCGUAUGGCUCCAAGAUCCUGGUGAACCACAUGGAUAAGGUGAUGAAGAGCCACGCGCUCCCCAAUGAAGACGUCGCCAAGAGAGCUGAAAAACUCCUCGGGGGCAUCCCGUACAGCCUGCUGUGGAAUAACUGCGAGCACUUCGUGACUUACUGCAGAUACGGAUCAGCAGUCAGCCGGCAAACAGAGAAGUUCUGCGAGUGCUUGAAAUUAAUCAUCAGAGACCAGCGCAGCGUGAUCGCCACAGUCCUUCUCGGAGUGAUCUCCAUCGUCUGUUUCGGCAUGGCACCGUCAACUACGUUGCCCACAAUCCUCGUCCCCUUUACUUUGUGGAUGGCUGGUUAA